AGAGAGAGAGCGGAAGGGAGAGAGAGAGAGGUUCACAUGCUUCUUCAACUUUGCAAUGAAAGUUUUCCCUCCUCCCCUCCCGCCUGUUCGUCUGCUCUGACCUGCGGCGCAGUAGGCCAGGUGGAGGAGCAAGUAUUCUGCGUGCGUCAGCUGCGUCGCUCGCGCGUCCAUAACCAUUACGUACGUCUCAGGUGUGCGGCAGGUGUAGCCCUGGACCCACCCACAGGGCAAACUGUCAGCCAGAAACUGCAACCUGUCAGUUCCAGCAGAGCGUCGCAGAGUGAGCGUCAGCAGGCUCCAGAGUUCCAGAGAAACAGAGAGGACUUCCCUGCUUCGCUGGAAAAACUAAGGACUCUGAUAGAAGCCAAAGUCCACAUCCUGCUGUCCCCCAUCACUGAGGAGCAAAAGGGUUUAGCGUGUGAGGAGAACAUAGGGAGAGGAGGACUGAGGAGUUUUGCCAUUUUGUGUGAGGAGCUGAACUUUCACCUCCAGCAGCUGCAGAGCAAGACAAAGCAGGAGCUCAGCAACAUCCAUACACAACUCUUGCAGAUUGAAGGCCACCAACAGCUGCUGACCACUGAGCUGUUUAAUCUUCAGGAGAAGAAAAAAGGAAUUGAACAAGAGCUGAAGAGAAACUCCUGUCUUCAGGCGUCCACUCUUCAGCUGUGUGCUUGUCGCGAGCUUCAGGCUUCGAUCACCGAUCGUUUGCUCCAAUCAGAGAGGCUGGUGUUCCAAGAGGAGGCACUGAGCGCGCUCCAUAAUCUGCUGACCCAAGACCUGCGGAGGUACCAGGAAGAGACACAGAGACUCACCUGUUUCACAGAGAAAAUACUCACCCAGUCCCACAGUUCAGACAGACGGGAAACGCCCACCAGCAGACAGAGUGAGCGCAGCAUGCAGGAAAAGAACGAGACCGAACAAGAGAACAACAUGCACGCGCCCAAGUUCCCUUCCUCCCAGUCACCACUUAGUCCUCAUCGGGCUACCAACAAUGUUGAGGCAGAUAUCUGGAGAGCCAAGAAACCACCUACAGGCUACAGUUCAAACCUACACCGAGCCAGCAGCAUCAAAGACCUGAUCAGUAAAUUCUCUGGUCCGGAUCACUUCUCUUCUCCUGGAUCCCCACAGAGCCCUUUUUCUGAGACAGGACAAGUUAGGAAAUCUGUUUCUGUAGAAGUUCUCGUUUCUCCACAGUCCAAGUCAAAUCCAUCCACACCCAGCAGCACUGAACAAAAUGAGAGUCCAGUUCCCAGCAUGAGUGUCACCCCUCCGUUCAGGGACAGCAUUCAGAAUGGGCCUGAAUCAGCUCAGAGAGAGACCAAAUCUAGUCAGAUCGCUGCAAGAAUUGAUUGUCCAGUAGGACGUAGCAUUGAGAAGACUGAUACAAAACCAAGAAGUGAUACACGAGCCCCAGACUCCACUAGAAACUCAAUAGCUGACUCCGGCACAGGAUCGGAGUCUGAGUUUGAUUCAAGCAAGCAGUCGGACAGCCCAUUAGAGGAGGAACCCUCCACACCCCGCUCUGUGACAACCAGAGAGAACCCGAAAUAUCAGCUGUUCCUCAGCAACGACAUAAAGACCAAUGGGGUGAGCGGCAGGGAUGCAGAUGGUUCAGGAGGCAGCGGGUCGGUGGGGGAGAACAGCCCCAGUUUGGCCCGACGGGACACCACCCGGCUGGGAAUGAACAACUACCAAGGGUCCCUGGAGUCCCUGGCCUCACGGGACUGGGACACGUCUGACCGGCUUGGUGUUGUUGACAGUCCUCCGAGGGUGUUCAACAGUCCAUACACCAUGGCAUCCUCCACUGAUUACAGCUCCAUAUACCGAAUGUCUGAGUUCAAGGGUGGACUGUCUCCUGCCACCUCAGAGAUGAACCUGUUCAAUCGCAGCUCCAGUCCAGUGGGCGUUCCUACGCCAACCCUCACCUCGCCCCGUCUUCGAUUCUCUGCCUAUGACAGUCUGUUGAAGAGACGGACUGAGCUCAACAACACUGUCGUACCCACCCACUACAGCAUGCGCUCUGCCACCCUCGGGGCCCCCAAUAGAAAAGACUACAUAGAGGAGUUGACCAAACAGCUGGAUGCCUGUCAGAAGCGUAACCAGUUCCUGGAGGCAGAGAGCGUGGAGAUGGAGAAGGAGAGGAACCAGAUCAGGUUCGAGAUGCGUGGUCUACUGGUGAACAACGAGGACCUGCUGCGGACCAACACUCAGCUGACAAACGAGAUCAAGCGGAUGAGAGAGAGGAUGUUAGAAAUGGAGAGAGAGAAAGAAUCCAUGGGCGAGAAAUUCAGAGAGAUGGAGAUUGAGGUGAAGGAGGCCCGGAACAUGAUGUUGGAGGCCAAUAAUCAGGAGUACGCCUUCAGUUUUCUCCAGCAGUCCCUCAAAAACAGGAUCCAGGAUGCUGAGGAAAACCUGGACAAGCAGACGCAGUACUCCCAGACUCUGUCUGAGAAGUUGUGGCACACAGAAAGACAGCUGGAGGAGCUGGAGGCCGACAAAGAGAGCAGAGACAAGAAGAUGGCCGAAUCCAACAGCACCAUCCUCAGACUGGAGACAGAGCUGGGUGACGCCCUGCAGUCGUCCACGCAGGCGGCAGCAGAGCUGAGCCUGCAGCAGAAGCUGCGCGAGGACAGCCAGAUGAGGGUGGACGAGCUGGAGGAGUCUCUGCUGGAGAAGGAACAGGAGCUUCAGAGACUGCAGGUCCUCGUCAGCAGACUGCAGGGAGAGGUUUCUGGCAAGCUGAUUGAUAAGGAGCAGACACUGGAGGAGGAGAUCCAGCUGAGAGAGAGGAUACAGCUGCAGUGUAAGCAAGCGGAGAGGAUGGUGGACGACCUCACAAUGGAGCUGCAGAGCACCAACCAGGCCAAAGAUGAGCUGGUCAAACAAGUCAAACAGGCUCAGGAGAAGAUGAUCGACCUGGAGACCGAUCUGGAGGAGCUGCAAGACAGUGAGCAGAGAUGGGCCGCCAAACACAAGAGAGCUAUCGAACAGACUGAGCAGCUGCAGCUGAAACUGAUUCAGGAGAAAGAUCUGAACGACCAGCUGGAAAGUGAAAAGACCGCCAUGGAGAGACAGCUGCGUGAGCUGCGUCUGGAGGUGGAGGACCUUCAGAGCUCCAAAGUUCAGGAGGACGUCAUCUCCAGGACGGAGAGCAGAGUCAAAGAGCUGGAGAACGCCCUGAGGACCGAAGAGAGGAACAAAUCUGUUCUGACUAACACCGUCAGUAAACUGGAGAGGAGGAUCAAUGAGCUGAGUGACCAGAUGGAAGAGGAACACAGGAUAGCUACUGAACAGAAAGAUCUGAUGACCCAGAGGAUGCGCUCCCUGAAGCGUCAGCUCAACGAGGCGGAGGAGGAGGCGAGCAGGAAGGAGGCGCAGUACCGCCACACCCAGAGGGAGCUGGCCGAGGAGAGGGAGACCAGCAGCCGGCUGCAGAGGCAGCUUCUCGAGCAGCACCUGCAGACAAAGCGGAAAGAGACUCUGACGAUUCGUCAGACUCUGGACAACCUGAGGUUGGACCUGAGUGUCGAUGACGAAGACAACGAACCGCAGGAGCAAACAAACGAAGUCACCAAAGUCUGAAACCUGCCGCUUCUCAUUCUCUCAUCACAAAACUUACAGCAGGCUUUACACUGACAGCGCAGUCAGGAUUCUUUUGGACACGGGACAAACCUGCAUCACUUUCACUGCAUGACAUUCUCUCAUCAGGAAUUAACACAGAAAUAAUUGGAAAAAAGAAAAAAAUAAACAGUGUGUGGUUGGCUUAUUGUUUGGCUGUUUGUUCUCUGAAAGAAAAGGAAUCAAACUUUUCAACUGAUUAUUCUAAUCCUAGGAAGAACAAAGACACCAAAUUACUAAUUUUCUUUAAAAGAUGUUCAUCUAAGUAUUUGCAAGUGAAGCUGACCUCCCAUGCACACAACUAAUAACUAAUGAACGGUCAAUGUUAAACUUCCAAUGAAUUAAAAUGUAUUGAAAGUGGCCCUCUUCUAGUGAGCAGCAGGAAUAACAACAGUGAAGUAUUUAGAUCAAAAAGUGGGCACUGAAGAGAGAAGCUGUCAGUGUGACCAACACAUCGGACAGUCAUGUGUUUCAUGAUGGGACUUAAAUCAUUUUGUUUUUUCAGGUUUUUUUUUUUAGAAAACGAAAAUGCAGACUCAAAGAAUGAGAUGUGAAGAUGACAAACGUCUCAGAUUUUGCAGCAUUUGCUUUUACUUGGCGGAGCUUUGCUUGACAGGUCUUUCAUGAGGAAGGGUUUUCCAUGUUAGAAGCUGGUUAACAUUGUAACGCAGUAUUUGAUCUGGUUUGUGACGCAUUACAGGGACGUGACACUCAACAUGAUAUAACUGUGGAGGAGGGACCUUUGAAUGUGAUUGUAGUUGUUGUUGAUUCACAAACAAUGAAGACUUUGUGCUUAUGUUACUCUUAAGAUUUGAAGAUUACUGAAUUUUCUCUGUUUGCAAUUGUUUAUGGGGAAAAAAAAUAUUUUAGAGAAUGAAAUUUUGUAUGAUUUUAGGUAUCAGCUUUUGUUUUGAUGUCAGUCUCCUCUCACAUACAGUAUCUGUUCACCAGAUAAGGUUUAAGGAUAAGACUAGCAAAGAAAAAAAGAAAAAAAAUAGAAGAUCUCUCCUACACACUUCAUGUCAAACUGCAUCUUUGUUUAGAGAUUUCAAGUGUUUAAAAGUGGAACAGCUGGGACGUUUUAGUCCUCACAAGUAAAAUAAAUGUCUAAAUACAGUUUGGAUUCAAAAUGUGUGUUUAAAAAGAGAACAGAUUAUUGUGUAAGAAGCACAAUAUAUGUUUAUAUGCUAUGUGGUUUUCUGUACCAUUCAUCUGCUUACUUUUUCUGUAUGCUCUUAUUCUGGAGGGUAUUUUUAUUUUUUAUUUUUUUGCCAAAAAGAAAACCAAGCACACAUUCUGAAGUAAACAGAGUUGGGCUUUUCAAUUCAAAUCAUCAGCAGAAAAAUCAUUUUUAUUUUUGAAUAUUGACUAUAGCCAAAAAAUACUUUAAUUUGAAAGAAAACUCACUUCCUCCUGUCAUAUGUUGUAAAGUCCUCUGUCUGCUUCUUCCUUGAAAGACAUCUGUCACCUAGCCUACAGCUCAGAUACAGUUUGGAUUCUCUGUUAUGUUUACAUGUAUUUGUGUAUUUUGCUCUUUUUUUUUCCAUAUUUCAGCUAUUGGGGUAAGUAAUUGCUAUACAAGUGUUCUUUGGUUGAUAGUGCCUACAGAUAUGUAAAAAGAAAUAGAAUACACCGACUUAUUUUUGUAAUUACACUUCACAUUCUGUUGGUUCUGCUGUUCUCGGGUAUUUAUUUUUAUUUUUCACAUUCUCUCUUUUGGUGAGAAGUUUCUUAGUAUAAAAUGGAAAUAAAUUCUUCUCCACUGUGAAUUCUUA